CGAGCCUGCCCGAGCUGCUGGGCGGAGCUGCGGCCCGGAGCCGGCGGUGGCGAGAGGACCCGCAGUGGCCACGGCGCGGAGCGGUCGGCGGAGCCAUGGCGGGCUGCUGCUCCGUGCUCGGGUCCUUCCUGUUCGAGUACGACACGCCGCGCAUCGUGCUCAUCCGCAGCCGUAAAGUGGGGCUCAUGAACCGCGCGGUGCAGCUGCUCAUCCUAGCUUACGUCAUCGGGUGGGUGUUCGUGUGGGAAAAGGGCUACCAGGAAACGGACUCCGUGGUCAGCUCAGUGACAACCAAAGCCAAAGGUGUGGCUGUGACCAACACCUCUCAGCUUGGAUUCCGGAUCUGGGACGUGGCGGACUAUGUGAUUCCAGCUCAGGAGGAAAACUCCCUCUUCAUCAUGACCAACAUGAUCGUCACCGUGAACCAGACACAGAGCACCUGUCCAGAGAUUCCUGAUAAGACCAGCAUUUGUAAUUCAGACGCCGACUGCACUCCCGGCUCCGUGGACACCCACAGCAGUGGAGUUGGGACUGGAAGAUGUGUUCCUUUCAAUGAGUCUGUGAAGACCUGUGAGGUGGCCGCAUGGUGCCCAGUGGAGAACGACGUUGGCGUGCCAACGCCGGCUUUCUUAAAGGCUGCAGAAAACUUCACCCUCUUGGUAAAGAACAACAUCUGGUACCCCAAGUUUAACUUCAGCAAGAGGAACAUCCUCCCCAACAUCACCACGUCCUACCUCAAAUCGUGCAUUUACAAUGCUCAAACGGAUCCCUUCUGCCCCAUAUUCCGUCUUGGCACAAUCGUGGAGGACGCGGGACAUAGCUUCCAGGAGAUGGCAGUUGAGGGAGGCAUCAUGGGUAUCCAGAUCAAGUGGGACUGCAACCUGGACAGAGCCGCCUCCCUUUGCCUGCCCAGAUAUUCCUUCCGGCGCCUGGACACCCGGGACCUGGAACACAAUGUGUCUCCUGGCUACAAUUUCAGGUUUGCCAAGUACUACAGGGACCUGGCCGGCAACGAGCAGCGCACACUCACCAAGGCAUACGGCAUCCGCUUUGACAUCAUCGUGUUUGGAAAGGCUGGGAAGUUUGACAUCAUCCCUACCAUGAUCAACGUUGGCUCUGGCUUGGCGCUCCUCGGGGUGGCGACGGUGCUCUGUGACGUCAUAGUCCUCUACUGCAUGAAGAAGAAAUACUACUACCGGGACAAGAAAUAUAAGUAUGUGGAGGACUACGAGCAGGGUCUUUCGGGGGAGAUGAACCAGUGACGCCUAACGCUACAUUUCCACCCCGCUCGGCCCGCGAAGCAGAAAGAUGGGGAGAGAUGGCUACUGUGUCUGUCACUCUAGAGAAAGCUCCAGGGUUUCAGCUCAGUUCUCCACUCCACAAAUACUCAGGGUUGCCCAAGCACGUCUCAUUGAGCCCGGUUCUGCUCUGCUGCUCAGAUGGGCUUCGGAUACAAGAUCCUCCUGCUUCCGCCUCUAGGAAUGCUGGGAUCAUACACGUUCACUGCAACGCCCAUUUCCCAUGGGAGUUUUGGCAUUUUUUACAUUUUACCUUUCCUUUGUAUACAUCUAAGGCUGGCCUCAGACGCAAGACGUUCUUCCACCCUAUACACCCUUUUAAUCUCACUGUGUGUGGGAAGGGGGUCGUUUGCACACGACGCACGGUGGAUGUCCGGUGUGCUGUUGGUUGGGCCACCUGUGGCUUAUACAGUGUGAGCGUAUGGAGGUAGGCGGGGUCUGAGAGCAGAGACACUGCUGUGGCUUACGUACAGGCCCAGGCCUCUGAGGCACAGCGGCUCUGUCCACGCACUUUAUUUCUAAGGAAGGAGGCUCUCCCAGGUGCUGUCAGCAGGCCUGGGACACUAUUCCUCUUCCUUAUAAUCAGAGAAGUUGUCCUUGUAGCAAAGGCAGGGUUAGCUUUUCCUUUUAUAAGGGCUGUGUUGAAACGACCUAGGACCAAACAUUAAAAGAAAUAAUUUUUUAAAGA